AUGAGCCGUCAGUUCACUUACAAGUCAGGAACUGCCAAGGGGGGCUUCAGCGGCUGCUCAGCUGUGCUCUUGGGGGGCAGCUCAUCCUCCUACCGGGCAGGGGGCAAAGGGCUCAGUGGGGGCUUCAGCAGUCGGAGCCUUUACAGCCUGGGGGGCACCCGGAGCGUCUCCUUCAGUGUGACCAGUGGCAGUGGGCGGAUGGGGAGCUAUGGGUUUGGCCGAAGCCGGGCCAGUGGUUUUGCUGGCAGCAUGUUUGGCAGUGUGGCCCUGGGGCCCAUGUGUCCAUCUAUGUGCCCUUCAGGAGGCAUCUCUCAGGUAACCAUCAACAAGAGCCUCCUGGCUCCCCUUAAUGUGGAGCUGGACCCCAAGAUCCAGAAAGUGCGUGCUCAAGAGCGGGAGCAGAUCAAGACCCUCAAUGACAAGUUCGCCUCCUUCAUCGACAAGGUGCGUUUCCUGGAGCAGCAGAACCAGGUGCUGGAGACCAAGUGGGAGCUGCUGCAGCAGCUGGACCUGAACAACUGCAAGAACAACCUGGAGCCCGUGUACGAGGGCUACAUCAGCACCCUGCGGAAGCAGCUGGAGACGCUGUCCGGGGACAAGGUGAGGCUGGACUCGGAGCUGAGGAACAUGCGGGACGUGGUGGAGGACUACAAGAAGAGGUAUGAAGAGGAAAUAAACAAGCGCACAACUGCUGAGAAUGAAUUUGUGGUACUUAAGAAGGAUGUGGAUGCAGCCUACAUGAGCAAGGUGGAGCUGCAGGCCAAGGUGGACGCCCUGGACGGAGAGAUCAAGUUCUUCAAAUGUCUCUAUGAGGGGGAGAUUGCUCAGAUCCAGUCCCACAUCAGUGACACAUCUGUCAUUCUGUCCAUGGACAACAACCGGAACCUGGAUCUGGACAGCAUUAUUGAUGAGGUCCGCACCCAAUAUGAGGAGAUUGCCCUGAAGAGCAAGGCUGAGGCAGAGGCCCUGUACCAGAGCAAGUUCCAGGAGCUCCAGCUGGCGGCUGGUCGGCAUGGAGAUGACCUUAAGCACACCAAGAAUGAGAUCUCAGAGCUGACCCGGCUCAUCCAAAGGCUGCGCUCAGAGAUUGAGAGUGUGAAGAAGCAGUGCUCCAACCUGGAGACAGCCAUUGCUGAUGCUGAGCAGCGUGGUGACUGUGCCCUGAAGGAUGCCCGGGCCAAGCUGGAUGAGCUGGAGGCCGCCCUGCACCAGGCCAAGGAGGAGCUGGCCCGGAUGCUAAGGGAGUACCAGGAGCUCAUGAGCACAAAGCUGGCCUUGGACAUUGAGAUCGUUACCUACCGCAAGCUGCUGGAAGGCGAGGAGUGCAGGAUGUCUGGAGAAUAUACCAACUCUGUGAGCAUUUCGGUCAUCAGCAGCUCCACAGCCGGGACCACAGGUGCAGGGGCCGGCUUUGGGUUCAGCAGUGUGGGUACCUGUGGCUACCGGCCCAGCUCUCUUGGCUACAGCGUGCUCUCUAGAGGCUGUGUCACUGGCACUGGAAACUCCAGCCCUCGAGGGGAGGCCAAAACCAGGCUGGGGAGUGCAAGUGAAUUCAAGGACUCCCCCGGGAAGACCUCAGCUUUGAGCUCACCCACCAGGAAAACCACAAGAUAA